GCCACAGCGGGAUCAGCCACAGCAGGAGCAGCGGGCGCGGCGUCUGCGGCGGCGGCGACCGUGGUCUUGGCCGUGGCCGUGGCCUUGGGCAGCCUACGUGCACGACGGGGAUCCUUCCACCUGCCCUGGCUCCACCCCGCGCAUCAGCAGGUCUCUGCUUCUUCUUGCCAUGCCUGAGGAGAUGGACGGCAGCGCCGCGCCGCUGCCCGGCUCCACCCUGUGCCCACCGUCCUACUAGAGCCGCGGCCGGCGGCAGCGGCGGCGGCAGGAUGAACAUCGCGGCCGUCUUCAACGCCCUGCUCGUGUCCAUCCUGGCGGCGGUGCUGUGGAAGCACGUGCGGCUGCGGGAGCACGCCUCCACGCUGGAGCAAGAGCUGGCUCUGCGCCGCCAGGCCCAGGAGCCGGCCCGGGAGGGCCCCGACCAGCAGGCGGCCCUGCAGACGCUCCUGGAGGAGGGCACGCGCAUGGUGUGCACGGGCCGCACGCACACCGACCGCGUCUGCCGCUUCCAGGACCUCUGCUACUCGGCCGAGGCGGAGGAGUUCAUCUUCUUCCACGGCAACGGCUCGCUGAUGCUGCCCAGCCUGGGCCCGCGCCGCUUCCAGCCCGCACUCCUGGACCUGUCCUCGGUGGAGGACCACAACACCCAGUACUUCAACUUCGUGGAGCUGCCCGUGGCCGCGCUGCGCGCCCUGCCCCCCGCGCGCUUCCUGCCCGACGUGGCGCUGAUCGCCAACCGCUUCAACCCCGACAACCUCAUGCACAUCUUCCACGACGACCUGCUGCCCCUCUUCUACACCCUGCGGCAGUUCCCCGACCUGGGCCCCGAGGCCCGGCUGGUGUUCAUGGAGGGCUGGGGCCCGGGCCCGCACUUCGACCUCUACCAGCUGCUGAGCCGCAAGGCGCCGCUGCUGCGCGAGCAGCUCAAGGGCCUGGGCCGCCUGCUCUGCUUCCCGCGCGCCUACGUGGGGCUCUCCAAGGCCACCACCUGGUACCAGUACGGCUUCGUGCAGCCGCAGGGCCCCAAGGCCAACGUCCUGGUGUCGGGCACCGAGAUCCGCCGCUUCGCCGGCUUCGUCCUGCGCGCGCUCAACGUCAGCGUGGCCGAGGGCCGGGGCCCGGGCCCGGGCCAGGGCUACAUCGUGGUCUUCAGCCGCACCCUCAACCGGCUCAUCCUGAACGAGGCCGAGCUGCUGCUGGCGCUGGCCCGCGAGUUCCAGAUGAAGACGGUCACCGUGUCGCUGGAGGACUACGCCUUCGCCGACGUGGCGCGGCUGGUCAGCAACGCCUCCAUGCUGGUCAGCAUGCACGGCGCCCAGCUCAUCACCGCCCUCUUCCUGCCGCGGGGCGCCGUCGCCGUGGAGCUCUUCCCCUACGCCGUCAACCCCGACCAUUACACGCCCUACAAGACGCUGGCCGGCCUCCCGGACAUGGACCUCCAGUACGUGGCCUGGCGCAACACCAAGCAGGAGAACACCGUCACCUACCCCGACCGGCCCUGGGACCAGGGGGGCAUCGCCCACCUGGACCGCGCCGAGCAAGAGCGCAUCCUGCAGAGCCGCGAGGUCCCCCGGCACCUGUGCUGCCGCAACCCCGAGUGGCUGUUCCGCAUCUACCAGGACACCAAGGUGGACAUCCCGUCCCUGCUGCAGGCCAUCCGGGGGGUGGUGAAGGCCGGGCCGGGCAGGCCCAGGCGGGCCCAGGGGCCCUACCCCAGCAAGGUGCGGGAGGCCAGGUGCCGGGCCUCGGUGCAGGGCGCCGCCGAGGCCCGGCUGAGCGUGUCCUGGCAGGCGCCCUGGAACCUCAAGUUCGUGAAGGCGAGGGAGGUCCAGUACGAGGUGUGGAUCCAGGAGCAGGGGGAGAACGCGUACAUGCCUUACAUCCUCACCCACCAGAACCACACCUUUGCCGAGAACAUUAAGCCCUUCACCACCUACCUGGUCUGGAUCCGGUGCAUCUUCAGCAAAAACCUGCUGGGACCUUUUGCAGAUGUGCUGGUCUGCAGCACGUAGCCCCCCGGGUCACGGCAGAAGGCGGAAGAGACCAGCCCCCGCCCCCGCCCCGCCCCCCACUAGUGCCUCAGUGGUUGUUUCUUGCA